UCCAGGGAUGGAGAGAUGCAACCUGAAUGAAACGAUUACUAACUUUCGAUGCAAUUCCACCUUGCUACACCUGGAGUGUUUUAUGGUCCUCAGUGAAUCAGCAAAACCCAUUAUCACUGUGCUCUGUUGUAGCUUUGGUGGACUUUGCUUCAUAGAGAAUUGCUUGGUGCUGUUCCUCAUCUUUUCUUCUGCAAAGCUUCGGAAGAAACCUUCUUAUGUCCUUCUCAGCAACCUGGCCUUAGCUGACACGCUGGCAACCAUUACAUUUGUCAGCAGCUUUCUUAACUUCCAUGUUUUUAAUGAGAUAGAUGCUUCCAAGGAGAUAUACUUGCUAAAACUUGGUGGAGUCAACACUUCCUUCACAACUUCCCUUGGCAGCCUGCUCCUGAUGGCGUUUGACCGGUACAUCUGUCUCCUCAAGCCCAGCCAGUACAAGCUGUUGGUCACCAGAAGAAGAGCGGUGGUAGCCCUGAUGGUGCUGUGGGCUACUGCCUUGUUCCUGUCGUCCUUGCCUCUUCUGGGAUGGAACUGCUGCAGCCUCCACUCUACCUGCUCCCAGUUGUUCCCUUUUGUUUCUAUCAGCUACAUCUCAAGUUGGAUUAUCUUGGUGAUGAUCCUCCUGGCUUCCAUCAUAUAUGCAUACAUGCACAUCCUUUGGAAGGCUCACCAGCAUGCCUUGUACAUGAAGAAGUACCAUCUGGAAGUGAUCCAACAGAACACAAAGAUGAGAAUUGACAUCAAGCUGGCCAAGACAUUAUUGAUCGUCCUGAUGGUCCUCAUGAUAUGCUGGUCACCGGGUUUGUUUCUCAUGAUCUAUAGCCUCUUUUCAAUAAUGGACAACUCUGCCAGGAUAGUGUUUGCCUUUUGCAUCACCCUCUGUCUGGUGAACUCAAUGGUGAACCCAGCCAUCUAUGCCCUACGAAGCAAGGAGCUAAGCUCUUCUCUGAGGAGAAUCUGCUCCUGUUUUGGGAAGGUGCUGGGCAUCUCAGAGACCAAUGAGGAAGCAGAAAGCUCUUAAAAGUCCUUCCCACUCGAAAACGAGCCCACAGGGCUAGCUGGCUUCUGGUUCCUAUGCAUUCAAAUGGGAAUUUUCUUCCAAGUGGAAGCAACUCACAGCACUGAGCCAACUCCAGCGAUCCUUGACCUAUAACUCCCAGCAUUCUCCACCAUUGGCUUUGGGAAUUCCAGAUCAGCAAUAUCUGGAGGGCUGCAGGUUCCCACUCCUGCUCAUCCUCUACAGCCUGAAAGGCUACCCUUCCUUCUGCUCAAGGACUUGUGAACAUGUAUGCUCAGAAGUGACAAGGGCUAGGGAGGGAGGGUUAAGGGGG